UGUAGUCAAGGGCUUACUUGUGUAAAAUAAAAAAAAGGACUCGAACCCACGUGAUUCAGAUAUCCAAGUCACAUAGACUAACCAUUGAAUCACGGGGCUCUAGCCUCUAGGCUCUAGCAGCCUACUUAAUCGUAAAACGUGUGAUCAUAGCAAGAGCGUAUCUACUAUGUAAACUUAUAGAAAACAGGAAAUUCUACAAAAAAGUUCCUAAUUUAUGUUUUACUAGCUAACGCCGCGCGGUUUCACCCGCGUUGUUCCCGUUCCCCUAGGAAUACGGGGAUAACAUAUAUUACCUAUAACCUCGAUAAAGAUAGCCCAUCUAACGCUGAAAGAAUUUUUCAAAUCGGACCAGUAGUUUCUGAGAUUAGCGCGUUCAAUCAAACAAACUCUUCAGCUUUAUAAUAUUAGUAUAGAUACAUACCUACAUAAAUUGUACUUUUUAUGUUUACUUUUAUUGUUUUAACUUCUUCAACGGAACCCUAAAAACAUGUUUGUCUAGUCUUGUCUAUAAAUAGUUCACGUAUCAGAUACUUAGUAUCUCACAUACCUACAUUCUGUCUACUCCCCCAUAACCACGUGUUUUUACACGUGGCUCUCAUUCAUAAGUUCUGGGAAUAGGAAAUGAUUUCAGAUAUUAUUUAUUUCGUGUUAUGUUUUGAAUAUCUUGUUUCAUAUAAGUAUGAGCCGUGAUAGCCCAGUGGAUAUGACCUCUGCCUCCGAUUCCGGGGGGUGUAGCUUCGAAUCCGACCCGGGGCGUGCACCAUCAAUUCAAUUUUCAGUUAUAAUAAGUGCAUUUUAUUAAAUUAAAUAUCACGUGUCCCAAACAGUGUCUUUAGAGGAUCAGUUACUGAUGUUACUAAGCAUAAGAGCAAAUAUACCAAUUUGAAAAUUAGUUAAUAUAAUAGUGACAGGAUAUGUUUUGUUACUCAUAGCUAUUAAUCAUCUGAUAGUGAUUAUUGUAAAAUAGUUUAACAUUAAAGUAUAUGUAGUAGGCAUAUAUAGAUAUAUGUAAUUUUUAAAUAGUAGGCAUUUAAGUACCUAUAUUAAUUCAUCAAUAACUAAAAUAUAAUAUUAAUUAAAACAUUUUUUAGUUUUUAGUAAUUUAGUAGUUAUGUAUUUAAUAACAAUUUUUAGUUUCUAUUAGUAGGUAUCCAUGUUUAUUUAUUAUGUCGUACCUAUUAGUUAAUGUAUUGUUAAUAAAAGUAGGUGAGUAGGUAAAAUAAUGUAUCAUUUGAUAAAAAAGCAGUGUUUUGUGUUUUAUUUUGUCGUGAAUUCUUAAUACAUAUUUAUGAUCAAAAUAAUGUAAAGCCACACUGUCUCAAAGCUUUCUUAAAUUUCAAGGAUUUAAUUUAUUUUAGUUUCAUUUUAUUAGAUUAAAGUUUUUUAUCACGCUACUUCCUUUAAAUCUCCUGCCAUAAAACGCCAUUGACAAAAGUAAUAAAGGCACCAGCGCUGAUGGCGCCAUCUGCAUUUAGUUUUCACCAGCCAACACCAUUAAGGCCUAGUUCGGACUACUUUAGUAUUUUAGUCGAGUCAAGUACAAACAAUUUUUGGACUUAAAUGGUCUAAGGAUUUACCGCCCAAACAUUGUGCGUACUCGACUAAAAUACUAAAGUAGUUUAUUAGAAUAAUCCAUGCUGAAUUAGAAUAUGCCAAUACUCCAUGCUAGUACCUACCCAGAAAAACAGAUUUUACGCGAACGAAUUUGCGGGCGUCUGCUAAUCUUAUCCUACUAAUAUUAUAAACGCGAAAGUUUGUAUGGAUGUUUGUUUGGAUGUUUGUUACUCUUUAAACUACUACUGAAGAGAUUUGGCUAAAAUUUGGAAAUAGAUAUUAUGCUGGAUUAACACAUAGGUUACUUUUUAUCUCGAAAAAUCCAUGGAUUCCCGAGAUUUGGGAAAACCUGAUAGCCUGGGCUACUGAACCGAAUUACCUGAAAAUUGAAGUAGAGAUAUACUAAUACUAGUCUGGAUUAAUGCACAGGCUACUUUUUACCUCGAAAAAAGCUAUGGUACCCGAGGGAUGAUUGAAAAACUAAAUUCCACGUGGACGAAAUCGCGGGCGUCCGCCAGUAUAUUAUAAAAAGGAUAUAAAAUAACUUAAGGGCCGUACUAGCCUGCGUAGAGGGGAGCUAGCCAAUGAUGCAGAAUGAUCGACAGAAAUAAUUGUUUGUUUUAGAGUUCUCCGAAUAUGCAUCUAGUGCUUUCGAUCGUGCUUCUGAUAAGCACCAGCUGCUUGGCUCACUACAGAGGCUAUGAGUCUCACAAUCUUAUCGAACGUGAUGAACUACGCGAUUCAGAUGGCAGCGUACUAGUCGAAUGUCCCGUCUGCGAGCUUUCUUCCAGCGGCAUACCCUCUCGAGAAGUAUGCGACAUCCCAAAAGGCAAUAAGAUGUUUAAACGCUGUCGACGUGGCACAUAUGUCAACGAGGUUUGCGGCAAUCGUCUAGAUUGCUACAGGGGGCCAGGAGAACAAUGUACCGAGAAAAUGGAUUUCGACUAUUAUGGACAAAAGUGUGCUCGUGGUUUUCAUUGCGACGAUACCUUCCACGAAUGCUUCGGACGGGGUUAUACUCCCGACAGCCGUCAACGUUUCUUUCUGAGUCACAUGCGCAGCGGUAUUUAUGGGCACACGAAAAAAAAUGAAAUACCCGAAAAUUCCCCAUUGUAUAAGUAAAAGGAUUUUUCGAUUAACCUUUUUCGAGACAGAUUUCAGCUCAACUUUUUUUAAUUUAAUAAAAUAUUAUUGAAAUUACACAUUGUGUAUUCCUAUUUAGAUAAGUAGGUAUGUCAUUAUUAUAAUUAAAUCAUUUAUUAAAAUCCU